AUGGGAUUCGGUAUUACAGCACACGCUGCAAAACUCGGUUUGGCGAGUGCUUGGCUCUUUGAGGAUAACGGUGGAAAGGUCGUCAAAGAUGUCGUCAGCGGACACGACGGUGAAAUCAAGGGCACCCUUGAUUGGGUAAAAGACGGCAAGUUCGGCGGCGCAUUGAAAUUCCCGGGCAAAGGCGAUAGCUACGUCCGUGUUGAUCACGAUGAUGUCUUCAAUUCCGAUCCCUACUCGUUUGUCGCGUGGGUCAAAUUGGAAGCCGCCUCGUGGCAAUACAUCGUCUGGCGGAACGGGGAUGUCUGGCCCGAACCAGAAGAUGUCCGUCAUCUUGAUAUAUGGAUCCACGAUGCUGACUACCCGGUGUUUAUGUGGCACGUCAAGGGAAAUGUCGGACGUAUUGACGGUAAAACUAUCAUUGCCGAUGGCAAGUGGCAUCAUAUCGCUAAAAUCUAUGAUGGCAAAAACGUUCAGAUGUUCGUUGAUGGGAAAUUGGAUGGCGAGAACCCAAGCGGUGGGACGUUGGAUACAAGUAAAUCGCCGAUCUGGAUAGGUGCGCGACCCGGCAACGUUGCAGCAACAGGACUCUUUGACGAAGUCGGAUUCUUCACUGAAGCACUCUCUGAAGACGAACUCAACGAUGUCAUGGAUAGCGGGGGCAGGUCUUGUGCCUGCCUUACGCACUGUGCCAUAGAAGAAACGGAGAAACAGAUUAUGCAAAUGCACGUAGGCGGAGAAUGGAUUGACAAAUCCAAUAAAAUUGAUGUACUGAGUCCGUUUGACGGUUCGGUGGUUGAUACUGUCCCCAGAGGGGAUGCAAGCGAUGUUGAAACCGCUAUUCAGACCGCAGAACGCGGCGCAAAGAUCAUGGCUGGACUGACCGGCUAUGAACGCUAUGAGAUUCUGCGGAAAGUUGCGGAUUUGAUGGUGGAACGCGCAGGCGAACUUGCCGAGGUUAUCACCCGCGAGGAAGGCAAAAUCCUUGCUGAGGCGACGGUUGAAGCUACCCGUGCUUCUGAAAUUAUUGCCCUCUCAGCAGAGGAAGCAAAAGCGAUUAACCGGCGAAACGAUUCCGCUUGA